AUGUUGAAAGCUCGGUCUUGGCAGACAACGGAACGAGCCGAGACCUCCUCCGUCAUUUCACGCUUCACUGCUGUCAACUCCACCAGCAAGACAGAAGUGGAGGCCAUAUUCCGCAGCGAUCACGACCGCGACAUCAAACAUACCACCGCCGUCAUCUACAGCUUGGCCACUGUCUUCGACUGGACAUCUCAGCGACACCACCACUGCGACGGAUGGGCUCGUGAAGGCAGGGACGGGGGCUUCCACCAUCCUCGCGAAGACUUCAGCAUCGCGAAGAUGUCGUACUCGAUGUCACCACAGCAGCAGGCGCCGCCGAGACCAUAUUCACCAUAUCAGAAUGCGGCUUCACCCAGCAACGCGGCCCCGUAUGGACCCCCUCCCGCUAAGCGUCAGAGGACAUCACCGGAUCCUCGAUCACCACCGAACGGCGCACCAUCAUAUGCACAUCCGCCUCACGGAAUGCCUCACGCGAACAGCUAUGGAAACCCAUACGCCCCUCCACAAGCUCAGUCACCGUACGGCACACCCGGCGGCUAUGCGGCGAGCCCGCAAAGCGCCUUCAACACUCCUCAAGCGUAUCACAACCAGCCAGUCUCAUGGCAGUCGCAACCUGGAACACCACUCUCGGCAGGAGGGCCAGUACAAUACGGCAUGCGUCAAAACAGCCCACCGCAAACACAUUCACGCGAGAUGAUGCCACCACCUCCGCGACCGAACAAGGAAGAGCGCGAAGACAAAGUCGGCUUUGAAGAUCUAAGUGAUAGCUUGUUUGGCAGCGGCAUCAACCUCAAAGACGAGGAAAACUACAUGUACAACGUGUACAACAACCGUCAGCCAGAAAGUUUCAGCACGAACCAAAACACCUCUUUCGGGAGCAGUAUCCCGAGCGGGGGCAACAGCUUCAACUUACUGACGCAAGGCACAUCUUUUGGAAGCCAGGACGCCUUUGCCGGGACGAUGAGUCAGUCGAUGUCGCAGGAUGAUAUUGAGGUUGCGCACCGGAGAAAGAGAGAGGAGGCAGCAAAGGCGCUGGCAGAGAGGAGACAGCACCAUCUGAACAACCAGUUCUUGCUCGGCAACAAUCUGCGGAAAAGAAUGGACAGGUUAGGGCGGGAGCAGGGCGUGAGGGUGAAUAUGGAGGGUGUGUUCGUGCGACAGCCAGACACAGCUGCCAUGGUGAAUGAGGACAAGAAAGAAGGCAUUGUUGCUGACAGAGUGACAGGAGUGAAGCAUGAUCAUCGGCCAGAUAGCUUGGUCAACCAGGGCACUGCCUUCGAGACCAUAGCGAGUCUGGUAAGCCUGGCUGCUGGGGAGCGGCUGCGAGGUCUGCUAGGAGAGGCGUACACCCUGUCUCGAGCGAGGCAGUACGGCGAUCAUGGGCGGGUCGUACCACUAGAGUUUGCGGACAUCGCGGAAGGAGAAGGCAAGAAGACGGAUGCGACCGUCGUGCCACAGAAUGUGACCGGCUCGCAAUGGGACAAAGCUCCCAACACUGGCGAUUCUGCAACACCACAACCGCAACGUACUGUGUCUUUCCAAGGCAGCCUCAAUGCUCAACUGCGCGCCCUUGCCGAGCGAGAUCGAGACGCCGAAGCUGCUCGCCUGAAGAAGCGCGAAGCGCGCAAGCGAGCCGCCGAAGCCGCAGCAAGCGGCGAAACAGGCGCGCUGGCAGACGACGUCCCGACGACCAAUGGCGCUCCUGCAGAUACCGCCGCACCUCUCAAGAUGACGAAGAAGGAAGCAGCGAAACAAGCCAAGGAGAAGAAUUCCUCCACCGACGCCCAGAUGCACAGUACCACCAACGCGACUGCCGCGAUGAUGACAGGUUUGAAGCCGCGAUUCAAGUGGAUGCAAGGCGCUGCAGCAAAUAUGCCCACCAACCGCUUCGCUAAGCCUUCUAGCGGGCCCGCCAGUGGGACCGCGACACCUGGUGCACCUAGUGCUGGACCUUCUGCAGGGGACGCGACAGUACCGAGCAAUACUGGACCGGUGGCGCCGGGCAGUGGCCUGCCGCAGUGGGGCGAUUGGAGUGAGCAGAGCAGUCCGGGGAUUGAGAUCAGGGACUGGGUGUUUGUGCUUGAGAGGGACGGGAAGGAGCGGAAGGCUCUGGAGUUGGCGAGAAACAAGAUGGGCAGAGAGAACUGA